AUGGCCCGCCGCCGCCCCAUCGACUACGGCCACCUCAUCCAGCGGUGCACCGACCGCCGCCUCCACCGCCAGGCCAAGCAGCUCCACGCCCACCUCAUCCUCACCUCCGCCGCCGGCGACAACUACCUCGCCUCCAAGCUCAUGGCCUUCUACUCCCGCACCCACAACCUCCGGGACGCCCGCCACGUGUUCGACCAAAUCCCCCACAAGAACAUCUUCACCUGCAACGCCAUCCUCAUCGCCCACACCGUGAACCACCGCCACGCGGAGGCGCUGGAGCUCUUCACAGCGUUCGUCUCCCGAGAUUCUCGGGAUCUGGAAAGUGUCCGCCCCGACGGCUACACCUUCAGCUGCGUGCUGAAGGCGGCGGCAGAGGUGGCCGCCGGCGGGCCUAUCUUAGCCCGGAUGAUUCACUGCUGCGUGGUCAAAUACGGGCUUGAUUGGGAUGUUUUUGUGAAUAAUGGGUUGCUGACUUAUUACUCGAGGUGUGCUGAUUUCGUGUCUGCAAGGGCCGUGUUCGACGAAAUGCCCCAGAGGGACUUGGUGUCGUGGAAUUCGAUGAUUUCAGGGUAUUCCCAGGCUGGGUUUUAUGAGGAGUGCAAGGAUCUGUACAGAACCAUUUUGAGGUCAGGUGGUCCAAAGCCCGACAAUGUCACAGCCGUGAGCGCUUUGCAGGCAUGUGCUAACUCGGCCGAUCUUUUACUAGGGAUGGACAUUCACAAGUACUUGACUGAUAACAAAAUCAAGAUGGAUCUCACACUUUGCAACUCGAUUAUUUCAGUUUACUCGAAAUGUGGCAGCUUGGACUACGCUCGGGAACUCUACGAGGAGAUGGGAGAGAAAGAUGAGAUAACCUUUGCCACGAUUGUGACUGGGUACAUGGCCCACGGGCUUGUGGAUGAAGCUAUGCAGUUAUUUGAGGACAUGAGUAGCCCGGGCUUGAGCACUUGGAAUGCUUUAAUUUCAGGCAAAAUUCAGAACAGCCGGUAUGAAAACGUCUUGGAUUUGGUCCGCCGUAUGCAGAAUUCAGGCCUCAGGCCAAACAGCGUGACCCUCUCGAGCGUUCUCCCAGCCAUCCCACACGUCUCGAAUUUGCGGGCCGGGAAAGAAAUCCACGCCUAUGCUAUUAAACUAAAUUCCGAUAAAAAUAUAUAUGUGACUACUGCUAUUAUAGAUAUGUACGGCAAGCUCGGAUUUCUUGACGGUGCCCAGAGAGUGUUCGAUCUAGCUAGAGACAGGAGCGUGAUUGUCUGGACAGCUAUAAUAUCGGCCUACGCGUACAAUGGGAAUUCUUGCAAUGUACUUGGUUCUUUUCAUGAAAUGCUUCGAAAUGGAACAAAACCGGACCCCGUCACGUUCACUACUGUCUUGUCUGCCUGUGCUCAUGCUGGGCUGGUUCAAGAAGCCCAAGAAAUAUUUUACAUUUUGCCAAAAUACGAAAUUCAGCCUUUAGUUAACCACUAUGCUUGCAUGGUCGAUUGCUUUUGCCGGGCGGGAAGCCUUCGUGAGGCUGUGGAGUUUGUGAAGAAAAUGCCUAUUGAGCCCAGUGCACAGGUUUGGGGCGCGCUUCUUGGUGGAGCUAAGGAGUUUGGUAACUUGGAGCUUGCCGAGUUUGUGUGUGGUUAUUUGUUCGAACUGGAACCUGAGAACCCGAGUAAUUAUGUUGUGUUGGCUAAUCUGUACUCGGGAGCCGGUAGGUGGGAAGAGGCAGAGAAGGUUAGAGGCAGAAUGAUGGGCAUUGGGUAUCGAAAAGUUGCAGGCAGUAGCCGAGUUUAG